CAUAAAUAAUUAUUUAUUAUCUAUUUAAUAAUUCACUAUUGCAAAUUUCUUUUAAUUUAACUUUUUUGAAUUUUUGUCAAUUUUCUGAAAACAAUACCACUUUUAACUCGAGUCUCAAGUAUAUUUACAUAUUAAUAUUACAUACCUAUGUAUAUUUUUAUGUGUGAUCAACUUUACUUUUUUUGGUUGUCAUAAAAUAUGAUUAACAAAGCGUUGAACUUGAAACAAUUUAUGCUACGUCAGAAAUCUUUAAGACUGUACAGAGAAUUUUUAAAAACAAUUAAGAACAUACCAUUAGAAAGUGAUAGACAGCAAUUUUACAAUUGGGUAAAAGACGAUUUCAAAAAAAAUAAAUUUGAAACAGAUGAGUAUUCUAUAAAAACUUUACACAAAUAUGGUGAAAAGUCACUGACUGAUCUAAAACUCAACUUAGCUCUUAGUAGUCCAAAAACUUCGUGAGAACAAGGUAAAAUUAAAAAAUGGAAUUAAACACUGAUCUAAAUAGUACAUUAAAUCUUGAGGAGAUUAUUAAAUGUAUACAAAAUGGGUGUGUACCAGAAGUACCAACUGAUGAAAAUCAUUUGGCUGAUCGUGAUGAAGCGUUAUUGGCUCAUUUAGAAAUUGCAAAAUCUAUUUUAAAUAAGCUUAGCAUUUUGUUAAGUAGACUCUUAAAUAAUGAUGUAGACCUUCAAGUUAAGCUUCAGGAUAUAAUGAACCCAUGCUUAUAUUUAUGUGGUGAACAUUGCAAAUCAAAUUUACCGUGGAGUGAUGAAGAAAGUCAUACAUUAAUGAAAGUGUGCGUUGAAAAAUUGUGCAGUCUCGUGCAUUACGUAAACUUUGAAGAAUUAAUUACUCAUUUAGAUAUAUCUAAGAUAUUUUUUGGUUUGCAAUGUAAAUUAGAAAAUGCUAAUUGGAAAAAAUAUCCGGCUGCUGUUGAAUGUUUUUUAUGGAUAUUGAAAUGUUUAAAAAUGCCACAUUUAAAUUCUGUAUUAUACCUCGUGAUGCCAUUACCAUUAAAUAUGUUUGAUGAUUACCAAGAUUCAAGUAUACUUACCGCUUUAGAUGCUUUUCAACAUAUCAUUGAUAAUACACCAUCUGUUGAAUUAGCAAUGAGUGGCUAUGACAUUGUUUUAUUGAAGUCAUUAGAAACUGGUCUGCGUUCAUUUGAAUAUCAACUAAUACCUAAUUUAAUGAAAUGCCUUUUAUCGCUGAUUUCAAAGAUGCAAAUGAAACAUUUGAAUAAUAAAAAUUCUUUAGAAUGGACAAAGUUUGAUGAUGUUAUGAAUAUUUUAUUGCCACGAAUGGAACUAGAACGUAAACAUGAACCAAUUGUAUGUUAUGCCUCAAUUUUUCCGCUUGUUUUGGAAUCCGCUGGACUUUCUUGCAUUCGUUGGUCGGAACGUUUGAUACCAUUAUUUACAGAAUAUAUUAUGAACAGUCAAUCUACUUUUUCCACAGUGAAGGCGAUUGAAGUAUUUAUUCAACAAACGUGGCCAAGACAAUGUACACAUUGGAAUGUGUUACUAGUAAUAUUGAUCAAAGCUCUAUACAGUGAAGAUAAAAAUUCUGUACAGCCUAAUAAAGAAAAUAUUUUAGCAAUUAUAGAAUGUAUUAAAACAUUAGAAGCAGCAAGACCUGAAUGUAUCCGUAACGUUUUGAAUAAAUUAAAAGAAUGUAAAGAAUUUCAAUCAAAAAUUAUAUUUAAAAAAUAUUUAGAGAUGUUAUAGCUCAAUAGUUGUUAGUUUAAAUAUAGUAAUAUUUUUAGAUUGUAA